UAACUCUACCCACUGUUAACCCGGAUCGAUUCUGGGGACGGUUCCUUUCGGUAUUCGUAACCGCCAGGCGGCCGGUUGAACGCAAGUCGCGCGCCCCAAGACGGGAGGCCGUGGGGAGAUAUAUAUCUGGAACUCAAGCGACGGGGGACGAUCGAACAAUAUUCAAAAUGUCGAGCAGUCGGUGUCCUACGCCCUUCCUCGAGGAAACUCUCUUCACCAACGGAGGCUUCGUGGAUGGAAGACUGUGUCAAGAACUGGGCAAUGGGUUGAGCUGCUGUCUGCCGUGCCCAAUGACCGACUGGGCGUACCCAGACAGGUUCGUCACCUUGGGCGUGGCAGCAGAAUGGGUGGCAGUCGUGGGCACAAUCUGUUGCGCCUUCCUCUUAGUCUCUUGGGCAGUUUUGCCAGUCGACAAGACGUAUAGGCAUUACCUCAGCAUAUGCCUAACUACAGCUGUCUUGUUGAUGAACCUGGGCUUUGUUGUUCCUCUGGCAGCAAAACCGGACCAGUGUUUCGACCGCAUCACGCCCAACUACCAGAAGACAAGCUCAGUAUGCGGUACAUCAGGCGCACUCCUGAUACUUGGAGGCUGGUCAGGGGUUAUGUGGGUGUUCUUGCGAGCCAUGUCGCUCCACCUGCAGAUUUGCUGGCAGGUGGUGGUCGGCCGCAACUUCAUGUGGUUUUCUCAAGCCCUAGGCUGGGGCAUCCCGGUCCUCGGUGUCAUUCUUGCCCUCACCUUCAGCGGCGUCUCGUUCCGAUUUGGAGCAACCUGCCACAUUAACCACAAGAACAGCCUUGCAGACCUCUGGAUCCCGUUGCUGAUUUUUGCGGGGUUAACUAUCAUCAUCCAGUUUGCAACAUUCGGCUACUGCAUCAAGGUCUAUCUCGCCUCGCUCGCCGACAACAGCGCGUCUACCGAGGGCUCCAACCUCCCUUCUUACACGAACAGCAUCCGAACCAUGACCCCGAAGCAGGCUUACCGACGAGUGCGGCGCGUCAUUUCGCUGCAGUGGAGAGGUAUCGCCAUCGUCCUCAUCAUUGUUUCCGACGUUAUUUUCUUCUCCGUGGUGUUUGUCUUCCAGGACAACACUGUUCAGUCAGUCAAGACGGACCAAAACAAAGCGCAAGAUUGGAUCGUCUGCAUUGCCUUUAGCGGCGGAAACAAAAAUGCUUGUCUAGACAAGGCCGGCUCGCUUGUCGUCAACAUCGCAACAGUCGGCGCAGUCUUGCUGCUCCUAGCGAUGAACGGCAUCUGGCUUGUCCUAUUGCUCGGACGCUGGACUAUGAUUACGGGCUGGCGCGAUUUGUUGAGCCCUGCGAGCCGGGCCAGGAGAGAAUUCGUCUCGGUCGACGCGCGGCUGGACGAUCUCAAGAAAGACACACGUUCGUACGAGAUGCUGUCCCGGGAUACCGGGAAAACGAUGGACGAAGCAGUAACACCCUCCGUAGUGACACCCAUCUCGCCGGCGCACAUGAGGUCGCCCUUUGGGAUCCCGCUGGGCAACCAGGAAUCCAUGACCGACGACGACGGGCGGCGAACGCCUGACUAUUUCGGGAACACGGCGAGAUAUCACGCGCCAACAAGGUCGUUCUCUAGCCCCCGACCACCGACACAGACGGUGACAUGGGAUGCGCGGGAGACAUACGCGCCGAGGCAGCAGCAACAAGGACAGUCACCAAAUGAUGAUUACGUCAACCCGCUGGGUAUGAAUAGGAUAUGAAGGAUGAAAUACAUUAAUGGAGGCGGAAGAGGCGAAUACCCACGGCAGAAAAUAGAGAGAUAAAAAGAAAAGGGGAAGACCCGAGAUGAGAGCCGAAUUGCGACACGACCGCUUGGAUUCUUCUCGUCAGAUCGCUCCGAAAGGCAGUUUCGGUCA